UAUAAAUCUUUUAUUUUAUGAUUUAACUGGAAAUAUAUAUACACCAUGGCACGACGUCGUUUUGAUAGUGUGCUUCAAACCUUACCGCCGUUGAUUAUUCUUUCCGUCAUCUUCUUCUUCUUCAUCAAACAAGCACUCUCCCAAAAUUUGCCGGCCAUAGCAAAGCCAGGUUGCGCCGCCGCCUGCGGCGGCGUAAGCAUCCCAUAUCCAUUCGGCACGACAGAAAAUUGCCACUACCCACACCGUAGUUUCAAGGUAAUCUGCAACGAAACAUUCAGCCCCCCACAAUUGUUCUUACUGAACAUGCCAAUCGUAAAUAUAAAUCUCGACGGCGAACUGACGGUGAAGAAGCUAAUAGGGCACGUUUGUUACCAUCGCAAUGGCAGCAGGGCUUCCAUCUUAGAAACUAGGACAACCUUGCCCGACGCACAUCUUACAAUCAGUAAUACAGCUAAUACCGUCACGAUUGUGGGUUGCGAUGCAAUUGGAAUCGUCUCCGGGCAGCGGCUUGGCCGGAGUUACCUGACGGGGUGCAUGACCACGUGCUAUACACGUGAGGAUCUGAUGGAGGGUUCCUGUACGGGUUCGGGCUGCUGUCAAACUUCCAUUCCCCAAAAUGUUAGGAAUAUGGAUAUUGAUUUGGGGAGUUUUAGUAAUUACGUAAAUGUUUCUGAUUUCAACGAUUGUGGGUAUGCUUUUGUUGCUGAGCAAAAUGCAUUCAAUUUUUCAUACCAAAGCCUCACCGAUUUGAAGAAUGUUACAAGGCUCCCUAUGGUUAUUGAUUGGGCAAUGGAAAACCUGACUUGUGCCGACGCGGCGAAAACGGGAACGGGCAAUGUUACUUAUGCUUGUUUGAGCUCCAACUCCGCCUGCGUCGAACCGAUACACGGGAACGGGUAUCGUUGUAGUUGCCUUGAGGGUUAUCAAGGAAAUCCGUAUCUCGUCGAUGGUUGUAGUGAUAUAGAUGAAUGCAAAGAUCCGGUUCUCAUGAAAAAGAUGUGCGGUAAUUAUGAAUGCGUGAACAAUGAAGGCGGUUUUGAGUGUCCUUGCCCAAAAGGGUACCGUGGCGAUGGGAAGACAGGUGGAGAAGGUUGCAGGCGUGGUGAAUCGCUUAUACUAAGAAUCGUUGCAGGGAGUGCUCUAGGGGUGAUUGUUCUUUUAUUGUCUGCGUGCGUACUUUACUUGGAGCUCAAGAGACGAAGAUCCAACAAAGCAAAGGAAGAGUACUUUCAUCGGAAUGGUGGCGUGAUGUUGCUUGAAAAACUAGAUCGUAGAGAAAGAUCUCCAGACAUGGUGAAGAUCUUCACUUCAACCGAGCUGCAAAAGGCGACGAACGACUUCAAUAACGACAUGAUCAUCGGCCAAGGUGGAUUCGGCACAGUGUACAAGGGAUUAUUACAUGACAACACUACAGUCGCUAUCAAAAAGUCCAAAAGAGUCGAUCCAAAUCAAACCGAGCAAUUCAUAAACGAGGUGCUUGUUCUUUCUCAAAUCAACCACAGGAAUGUGGUCAGGCUACUAGGUUGUUGCUUCGAAACAGAAGUACCCCUUCUCGUUUACGAAUUCGUAGAUAAUGGCACACUUUCUUCACAUGUGCACAAUCAAGACAAGGCCCGUUAUCUUAAUUGGGAGACUCGUUUAAGGAUAGCUGCAGAAACUGCCAGCGUGCUCUCGUACCUACACUCUGCAGCUGCUACUCCAAUCAUACAUAGAGAUGUGAAAUCAGACAAUAUUCUCUUAGACCACACUUUCACAGCUAAAGUGGCCGAUUUUGGAGCUUCGAGAUUGGUUCCUCAAGAUCAGACUCAACUAUCUACAAUGGUGCAAGGUACAUUCGGAUAUCUUGAUCCCGAAUACAUGCAGACAAAUCAAUUAACCGAAAAAAGCGACGUUUAUAGUUUCGGAGUAGUACUAUUGGAGCUACUAACCGGUAGGGGGGCGAUACGCUUCGACAAACCGGAGGUUGAGAAGAAUCUGUCAUACUUCUUUCUUUCGUUGCUAAAGGAAGAUCGAAUACAAGAAAUUAUCGAUGAUAGUAAAGUGGGAGAUAAUUAUGAACAGAUAAUGGAAGUUGCUAAGCUGGCAAAAGAGUGCUUAAAUGUGAAAGGUGAAGAUAGGCCUAGUAUGAAAGAGGUGGCUAUGGAGUUGGAAGGUUUGAGGCUCGGCGGGAAACAUUACUCGUGGGCCCGAAACAAUGAAGACGAGACGGAAUAUUUGCUCCGUGAGCGGAGCAUUAAUAGCACAAGUGUUGGAUAUGACAGCAUUAGACAAGAGGUAAUUCUGCCUGUAUUAGGUGGAGGGAGAUAGAACAAAGUAUUUGCUCAUGAGUUUGAUUGUGUGUUUGUUUUGUUGUACAAUAAUUAAUAGCAUAAUUAGUGCUGCAAAGUGAUGAGUGAUUUUUCAUCUUCAUUUGAUUAAAUAUAUGUUGUGAUUUGUAUACAUAACUUUGCUAUUAUGAAUAUAUGAAGGUUGAUUUGUAUAGAAAUGAAAUUAAUGAAUAAAAAGUGAGCAGUUUAUUAUUAUUAUUACUAGCAUUUUUUUCUCGU